UUCAUUCUCCAUCAAAAUGGCUUCUCUGUUGUUCAGCUGGGUGACGAAAUAUCCAGGCUUACGGUUCCGAAGGUGCAGAUCAGAGUUUGGAAAAUAUUUUAAGAUCUGCAAUGGAUUUAUUUAAAGCGUUUAGUGUAACUAAAGUUUGCUUUGAAACAAAUCCAAGUGGUGAAAAUUGCAGAAAUGUAACACCUCUAGGAUGACCUUGGCUGACGUCACGAGUAGUGACCUAUGCAAAUGAGCAGGGUUACGACCUCAACUGAGCGAACUCCGACAUUACGAGAUCGCCAUCGUUCCUCUAACAUCAAGAGUGAUUUUGUAGACAGUGUUAUGCCAUUUACUGGUGGAUUAUAGAUUUGUUUUUAUGAGAUUUGAUGGAAAUGGCUACAAAUAUUACUCAGGAACAGUUCAAAGCUCCAAUUGUUAAAAAAGGAAAACGUUCUGUUUCAAAGUCGGACAUUGAGAUGAGAAGUUCACCACAUAAGAAGAAACGAACAAGUGAAGAUUUUCUCGAGUUUUGUUCAAUGGUUUUAUCCUAUACACAGUAUAAUUCUGAUUCAUCAGAGAUGUUGCGAGCAGAAUAUAAUACAAGUCCGUUAGAUAGUACUGGUACAGGAGAUAGUUAUUUAUCAGAGACAUCAAAUUUAUCCUAUAGUAGUCAAGAACAUAAUUCAUCCUUUGAUGAGGAUGACUCCAUGGAUCUUGUUACAUGUUUUUGUUCGAAGCCGUACGCAGGUCGGCCAAUGAUCGAGUGUUCAGACUGUUCCGUAUGGAUUCAUCUAUCUUGUGCUAAAAUACGUAAAACAAACAUCCCAGAUAAUUUCACGUGCCAGCGAUGUAGAGACGCUCGUUUGACGACACGUAAAUCGUCGCGGACAAGAGUUGAAAAUAAGAGAAUCGUGGAGUAGUAGAUUUAGAGACCAUUUGUUAGACCGAUGACAAAAUCAUUGCAUUGUGAUAGUACCGGGACCGUGUGUUUGAAACAUGGUAGUACAGUUUGUUGACACGCAGUGGUAUCCAGGGUGUGAAAUAAACGUAGACCAAGGCUGACAUAAACAGAAGUGAGCCCCGUAAAACAGUUCUCCAUGACAUCCAUCAGGCCUAUGUAUAUUCUAUUGACUAUCAUAGAGCCUUAGUUCUAAUGGAGGACAACCUUGACAUUGGCAUCUUGACAGUGAAAUAAAUGUGAACAGUAGUGGGCCUUAAAAUACUUCUCUGUGACACCCAUCAGGCCUAUGUAUAUUUUAUUGGCUUUCAUUCUACAAUGUAUAUUAUAUAGCCUCAGUUCUGAUGGAGGACACCCUUGACAUUGGCGUCUGCUCUUAUAUCACAUGUGAAAUAAAUGUAUACUGAGACUGAUGUAAACAGAAGCCGGCCUUAAAACAGUUCUCCAUUUUGUCAUUUAUGUCACAGAGAUAUAUGUUUUGAUGGAACACCAUUUACAUUGGUGUCUGGUCUUACAUAAUGAGUUUACAUAAUGAGUUUCAAACUCUGGUAAUGUCACCGAUCCAUCAUGUGGCGGUACCGUGCAGACCUUGUCGUAAAAGGUGAUUGAUUAAUCUUCUGCCCUUAUAUUCAUUUCUUGGAGAGCAUUCGUCCAAUCACUUCAGACAUUGUAAACUAUGUAGGCUGUGACCUUCACCUUCUCGCGUCUGCUCACCUUCAGAUGAAAUAUGGGAGAGUGACCUAACCCUUUUCUCACCUUGUAAUUUCUUAUGGCUAGGUUUGUUGUACCAAGAUGGGUUAGAAGCAAAACUUGAUUGUUUUUGUGAUAUGUUUGUGCCUCGAAAGUUCUCCACAGAUUUUUCUCAUUGCAUUUGAACCAUUAACUGCCGACAAAAGAUCCAAUAUUUAUAAAAGGUUACAAGUCUAUAUCUUUAUGUGUCAUCUAAGUUAUUAAAUCAUGUAUGUGUAUGGAAAAUAUAUACACAUUGUAACCGCUCAGAAUGUACAUUUUAUUUAUUUUCUUGGUCAGUCAUUAUUUUUUAAUCCCCAUCGAGUGCCUGGAGAGUUUUUUGUCGAGCACCUCAGAGUUGAAAAUUGUUCCUCAUAAUAAUUAAGUUACAUAUUUUUUUUUUAUGAUAAACUAAUAUACAGUGUAUGCUACUUAAAAAGAAAUCCUGGCUGUAUAGUCUCUAAAUCUUGUACUCUAAGUACACUUGCCUUAUGAAUAAAAGAAAUCGCUCUCCUUAUUAUGAUGUAAGAGUAUUUUUAGAAGAGAAAAUUUUGAAAUUUAAGACAGCUUUUUUCAGCUCAUCAGCCAAUGUAAAAAAAAACAAUGAUUGCAUUAUUUAAGUUAAUUUUAUGUACUUGUGAAAUUGUUAAGCAAUAAACUUAAUAAAUGGCUACUCUGAACCAGUUAAAAUAAUCUGGUUCAUUGUUAGUAGAAUUUAGCAUGUUGCUGUAAGUUUUUGAAAGCUAAAGGUAGAUAACUCCAAAUAUGGUUUUGUCUAAAUUAGAUUCAGUGACAAAAAACAAAUUUCCGAUCUGAGACUAUGACUAUAUGCAUUUUCAAUUGUUCAGUUGCAAUACGUUUUUUUUGUUU